AAUUUGGAAAGAUGGCGGCUGAUGUGCGAGCAAGAACUGACAAGCAUGGAACAAUAGCAUUUACUCUACCUAUAUCAUGUCAAAUCUGUUUGGGAAAAGUGAAAAAACCAGUUUUGUGUCCAAACAAUCAUGUUUUCUGUUCACCGUGUAUGGAUGUUUGGUUGGAAAGAAAUAAACAAUGUCCUGCAUGUAGAACAGAUAUAAACACACUGAAACCCUUAAAGCUGAUCAUAGGUGGACUAAAUCAUAUAGAAAACGACAAGGACAAAAUGAGUAAUCCAGAUCUAAGAAAAGCAAGAUUUGACCUACUAUUCAAGGAAUAUGAGGAUGAGUUUGAGAGAUUGUCAUCUGAACUUAAUCUAUUCAAAGCAGAAAAUGAAAUGCUUAGAAAUCAGAUGGCAAAAGAUGGGAAUAGAAAAGUGUUAGGCCCAAGGGAUAAACCGUCUGACGCUACAACAAUGUUAACUUUGACCAAAAAGUUACAGGAUGCACAAAAACUGUAUGAAAAAGUCAAAUCAGAUUUGUCAAAGGUUAAAGAGGAAAAUAAUUCUUUGAAGGAUGAAAAUAUUAACCUCAACCAUGAAAAUCAGAAACUGAGAACUGAAAUGUCCAGCAGAUCUCCUCAUAGGUAUGGAAGAACCACAGUUUCAACCCUGGAAACAAAAGUGCAGAGUUUAGAGAAAGACAAUGGGAGACUAAAUAAAGCUUUGGAGAAAAGUGAUAAAUACAUUGAAGAAUUACAGAAGGAUGUAGAAAAUUAUAGGGGAAAGGACAGAAACCAAAGUUCAGCCCACAAAGAUUACUUAGCCAGUCAAGAGCCGUAUGAUAAUCCUUCAAAAAGAAAACUCUUUACGGAACCUGUUGUCAACGGUGAGUCUUACAGGCAUGCUUUGGAUGAUGAAUAUCUUAAGUCAUAUAAAACUACAAAAUCAAAUUUAAAAAGCAGCAACGGAAACAUUAACGAGAGGGACUAUUUAAGUUCUUAUCAAUCUAAUAGCUACAGUAAAGUAAACGGAAAAUCAGGAAAGAGGGUAACAUUUGAAUUACCACAUGACAAAAAUGUCACAACUUCCUUUGACCUAGAAAUGCCUAGUCCAAUGAAACAACAUUCAUCUAUCAGCUUAUCAUCUCCAGUUAAAGGAGUUCUGAAAAAGUCACAGAAUGAUUCUUUGAAUCUGUCGAAACCCAGCAGUAUUGAAGACAAUAGAAGUUAUAAAUCUUUCUCUAAAGAUGACAGUGAUAUGUACAUUCCAAAGACUAAGUCUUAUGAACGAACUGAUGACAAUUUAUGGAAAAGGUCAUCAAAUGGACAUGAUGAGAGUUUGAAUGAUAGUUUUGCACUUGAAAAUCCUCGUAAAUCUUAUAGAACAGAUAAAGGAUUUGACGACACACAACAGAUCCAGAGGGAACUGGAUGAUUUAGAUAUUUCUCUAACACCGGACUUUACCGACUGCAUGAAGUUACUUAAUCGUGCAGAAAAGAAAGUUCACAAUCUUAAUGAUGAUUCCAGCAUGGAUUUACCGUCCAAAACCUAUCAAAAUACUGAUAACUUUGUUGAUGAUUAUAAAACAAAAGAUCUUCACGAUUUUAAGUCUAGAGAUUCAUUACUAGAUGAUAUAGGAACAUACAUACCAGAGAGUACAUAUUCUUCAAAAUACUAUAACAGUAAUGGUCCGACUAGUAGUAGUGAUUUAUACGGUCCAUCUAGUCUUCCUUCGUACAGUGCUACUUAUAGAACAGGGAGUGAUCGAACAGAAAGUGCCUUGCCAACAGAUAUGAAAUACACAAAGGACUUUCCACAACACAGAGCAUCUUUGGACUCACUUAACUUUAAAGAUGAUAAUGAUAUUGGAAGCACAUAUUCAUCAUCUGUAAACAAAAAAUAUCCGACUUCUCUAAGGUUUGGUAGAAGUCCAUCGUUAGAUAAUUUAUAUAUGUCUAAACCAGCAGAGAGUUUAGUAAGCCAUACAGCUGAUGAUAUUCCUAGAGACUACAAAGUUAGAAGCUCACUGCCGAGUUACAGCUCGUUACGUGAUGACAGUCACGGUAAGGAUUAUGUAUCCUCACUUCCUCCUAGGCCACAGUCUGUUAGAUCACGGUCUUAUUCUGAUAUGGGUACAACGGUUUCUUCAUUAUCACGAGGUAAAACGGGUAUGUCUAAUAUCCCAAGCACUUACCCUGUUAGUUCAGAAGGCAUUACCACAACAUCCUCAGCAUUGUAUAGUGGUGAUAAAUCUUCUUUGUAUACAACUAGCACUCACGGGCCUGUUAAAGCACAUUCAACAUUUGCCUAUACAGAUGUUGAUUUGGGUGUCAAUCCAAGAAACCGAGCUUCAACGGAAGGUUUGAGAACACGGUCGUCAAGUUUAGACAUUCCAUUAACAGAAUUAACCAAGUAUAGCUCUACCCAGUCUAAUCCUGAGUAUCCCGUCUCAUUUACAGGUUCACAGUAUACAGAUUCCAAUACAAGAUACAGUUCAUCAUAUAUACCAUCUUCUACAGCCUCCCUCAAACCUAUACAAGAAUCGGCUUAUAGCUAUAUCUCCAAUAGCUCAAGUUUAGGUAACGGUACAGACUCUUACCUUCCAGAACCAAAGAAAAGGUUGUUUGACUCUAGUGAUGACUUAGAAAUGUCACUUAGUCCUAUCAAGGCUACGCGUAAAAUGUAAAAGAUUAUGAAUAAUUUUAUUGUGUUUCAUUGAAGUUAUUUCAUAUGUUAGAUAAAUUGUGCAGUAGAUCAUAUUAAGUAUUCACACAGUUCUUGCAAAGGCUAUAUAGCUUCUUCUAAAGUCUUAGUCAUAGGAAAUGUCACUUAAUACUAUAACAGGUACUUUUUAAGUACAGUAUAAUUUGCAUUACAAGACCCUUUAAAUAUCAAAUCUACUUCUAAAAUUUUAAAAAGUAGAGCAUAUAUAGUACUGUUCAUCACAAAGAUAUUUUUGUUAGUCCUAUCAGGGAUACUUGUGAAAUAUAAAAGAAAAUUUAUUAUUUAAUUCUUAAGUCAAAAAUGUUUGCACUGCACAUCAUAAGAAACACAACAUCAUUCAUUACAAUAUACAUGUAGUCGAAAUUUAGAGUAAUGCAUUGUAUGAAUAUUUUUGUCUGAUUCAUUUUUUAAGUUACAGUUAUUGAUUUGAACUUUUUUAUUUUGUUUUUUUAUUUACGCUAGAUAGAUUUUUAAGGUAAUUGUUUUAAGCAUCAAGUUUUUAGAAAACUUUCAGAAGUCUAGGUUUUUUGGUUUGUCAAAAUGUUUCUAGCAUAGAUCAAUUUAGAACUGUUGUUAUAAAAUUGUCCAAAAUUUGUGUAAUGUUUGCUCUCACAUAGUUGUAUUUAUAUAAUAUUGUACAGAUUUUUUUUUGUACAAAUGACUUUUUUUAAUUUUUUUUAUAUAAAUCUUGUCACCUUUGUAGAUCAAUGAUUUUUGAACAGAUGAUAUUGUUUAUUGCUAUACAGUAUUUUAUGUGAUAUCCUAUUGAUCUGAUUAUACAAAGCUGUCAAUUUUUGUUCAUUUGUGUUAUUGGGUUGGUAACUUAUUGACCUUUAUCCCAUAUGAUUAUUUUAUUCAAUGUCAUUCAUUGUUAGUUGUAAAGUAGGGAUAUAUAAUGAUUAUAUACGGAGGUCAUUCAUUGUUAGUUGUAAAGUAGGGAUAUAUAAUGAUUAUAUACUGAGGUCAUUCCUUGUUAGUUGUAAAGUAGGGAUAUAUAAUGAUUAUAUACUGAGAAACACAACUACUAUAUGUAUUUUCUAUUUAAUGAAAAUUAGAAAUCAACAGAUCUUUGGAAGUUGACCAAUUAUUGUUAGAUUUUAAAGACAUCUUAUGAUAUGCAUACAAAACAUUUCCUGCAAUUUUCAGGUUAAAACAUUUACAAAUUCUACCUUUGAAAAAAAGGAAAUUGCACUUUGUUGUCAAAUUUCUACCAUAAUGAGUCCCUCUAGCAAAGCUUAUAAAAUAACUAAUACAGAUAUACAAACUUUGUAUUUGUUCCAGUGUAUGGAUAUAUAAUUUGUGAGUUUUGCCUUUUAUGCCUUUUAACUACUAUGGGGGGACUAAUGGCAAAGAUUGAGCAGAGAAAAGCAUUGAUGUGAGACCAAAUUAUUAUAUAACAUACAUGUAUACUAUAGUCAAAUGUCUGAGUUGCUUUUAAAGAAAAUAAGUGUAUCUUUAUCUUUAUGGGGGCUUGGGAUUGAUAUGUUGUGUUUCUAUCGUCACUCAGUAAAUAUAGUUUAAGAGAGAAAAUAGAAUUGGGAACAUUUAUGCUUUUAUCGUUGAUCUUUUAAAAUAUAAUCUUGUGUGUCUUAAUUCUACUAAACUCAUCUUGAAGAAAAUCUAUUGAAAAUGUCAAAUUCAAUUUUUAGUUUUAUGUUUUUAUUUCUUGUCCUGAUAUGUCAUCUUGAUAGCCUCUAUCAUCUUUUUACUGUUUCUUUUUUGGAUAUUUUCUAGUUUUUGUCAUUGGAACCAUUUGAUAUUUUGACACAGCCUUAUAUUAUGUAUUCCUAAUUGAAAGUCAAGUGACAAAUAUGAGUCCCAUCUUUAUGGCUUGGAGUUAACUUUUUAUAUUGUAAGCAAAUUUUUUAUGUAUAUUCAAUAACAAUUCAGCUAUCAACCUGAAUAUUCAUAAGAGCUGACAAAAAUACCAGUUGAUUGAUUAUAAUAAUAUUGUAUAGACAAAUCUAAGAUAUAAAUCAUUAUGUUUUGCACUUGUAGAAUUACAUAUUUUACCAUUCAUGUAUUAAUGUAAGAGUGAAAACAUUGUUUUACUAUAUUUUUUUUGUAAUUAAGGCAUUUAAGAGAUCGACACAUUCUGUAGAAAUUGUAUGUUUGUUAUGUUAUCAUGUUUCUGUGUCACUGAUCUAUACCUCACUUGAUUUGUCUUUAUUUUACAUGUACAAUCUGUACACCAUGCUUGUGAUUUAUCAUAGCCUGAAUCAUGAUUGUUUAUAUAUAUAUUGACUCAAGAAAACAUAUUGUUAUUUAAAAAAAAAUGUGUUGAACUCUUAUUUUGACAAUUUUAUAUAUACCUUGCUAGCUAUAUAGACAUUAUAGUGACAUGACCAAAGAAAGAAAGAUUAAUGCCUUGAAAUUUUUUAGCUACAUGUAUCUGAAUUGCUUAGUUAAAUCUCAUUUUUUUUAAUUCAUUAUUUAAACACUCAUUUUUGAAUAUUACAAAAUCGUGAUCUGCCAACAGCAUUAAUUUUUAGCCCUGUUGCAUUGUCUAUUUUUUCAAAAAUAGCCAAACUGUUAAAAAUAAACAAUAAAUUUGUCUGCUUGCAAGUAUUAAUAUCAAGUCCUGUUUGCCUAUAAAUUAUGUUGUAAUUGACUCAUCUAUUUGCUACUCUUACUCCUUACUCUAAAAAUGAAUUAUUGAAGUAAACAGCUGAUAGAUUGGUCAAGGUAAUACUUAUAAAUAUUGUAUUGUAAAAAGUUGUUUUUUUUUUGUUAUCAUGGCCAGUUAGUCAUAUAUAUAUACCAUUUAUAAAAUAUUUUUCAUGUUUAAAUAAUUUAUCAGUCAUUUUCGUAUAUAUAUUUAGUACCUGUAUCAUCAAGAUAAGCUAAAUAUUUUUCUCUUGUUCUUUAAUCUGGCUGGCUGUUUGUCACAAAAGCUUGUAAACAUUAGAUUUCCAACAGCACAAAUUGUAAUGGAACGAAAAGACUACAUUUGCUUUGUAACUUGUGCAGUUGUGAUUUUCAAAAUUUUGCGUGAAUUAGAGAACAUUAACUUUAAUUGUUCAUCGUAUAUGAAAGCAUGAACAAACAUUUUAUAACCCUACUCAUAGUAGUAUGUCUAAUACACUGCACUUGUAAAUUUCUCUGCACUCGUUUUUAAAUACAUUAUACAUGAAAUUUUAUCCAUCUCUUUGCAUUUAAGGUGUUGGUUUUUGUACAAAGCAUUUCAAAGCAUUUACAGAAGUAUAAUUCUGACCUAUGGUGCUAUUUUAACAUAUAUUUUACAGUUGUUUUAUUGCCUAAUUUUAAACUUAUCUCAAAAAGGAAGGUCUCCUGCAUUUUAUUUUUUAUUCUUCAAAAUUGAAUAAAAAUUUAUUAUUUAUUCUCAUUUUCAUAUCUGUUAGGGUCAAAAAUUGGAAGUAUGUUUUUUUAUAAAUCUGAUUCCGUAAUCAGUAUCAACUUUUAAUACCGGUAGGUGAAAAAAAAGAACUUAAAGGAUCUAAAAAUUGUGGCAGCCAUCUUGAAUCUCAGUUGGUAUAGAUUUUUUUAUGAAUUGGGAAAGUGAGUAGGUCUGAUGAAUUUGUAUAGCUAGGAGGAACAUCUGUUAGUCAAGUAUGGAUAUGAAGUCUCAUUCUGUCUUUUUGUAUUAAAGAAUGAAGGAUUAAAUUUAUAUGAAAAAAAAGAAGAUAUUAUAUAAACUACAAUUGCCUAUUAGAGAUAACUAUGCCCCAAAAGUCCAAAGGAUGAGGACAGUUGUGUAACUUGAUGAUGUUUAAUCAUAUAUAAACCUUUUAUAGGAUUUUUUAUGUUGUCGGAGUAAAAUAAUUUAUACAAAAGGUCAUAAUUGUUAGAAAACUGAUCUUCACAAUAAUGCUCCUUUGACAAUUGUAAAUAGAUAUAGGAAGAUGUGGUAUGAGUGCCAAUGAGACAACUCUCCAUUCAAGUUACAAUUUAUAAAAGUAAACCAUUAUAGGUCAAGGUACGGCCUUCAACACUGAGCAUUGGCUCACACCAAUCAGCAAGCUAUAAAGGGCCCCAAAAAAUUACUAGUGUAAAACCAUUCAAACAGAAAAACCAACGUUCUAAUCUAUAUAAAAACGAGAAACACGUAUGAACCACAUAAACAGACGACAACUACUGUAAUCAGACUCCUGACCCAGGACAGGCGCAAACAUUUGCAGCGGGAUCAAAGUAUUUAUUAUUCUUAAUAAUUGCAUAGGCAUAGAAUUUUUUUCCUCAACAUCCAUGAUGGUCAACCUGAAUUGUAUUAAUGCCCUACUUUUUUCCCGAUUAGAUGUAUGUGUAAAGAUGAAGACUAAUUUACUGAUCAAAAUUAAAUGAAAAAUGUAAUAUUUAAGCGUGCCAUAAUUCAUAAUUAGAAAUUAAAGUUGUAGUUAAAUGUAAUAUUAGAAAUUUGUUCAUCAGUUUAUUAUAGAAAUGUUUUCAUGAAAAGAAUUAACAUUUGCUUACUUUCACCUCUCGUCUCUCCCUGAAAUCCCCAAAACUAAAAAUAAAUGUGUGUGGCCUUAUCAAAUAUGUUUGGUAGCAGUAAAAUAAGAGCCAAAGAAUGAGACAGGGUUUAUUAAUUAUUUAAAUGUGAAUGACUGAUCCUUUAAGGAAUAUUUAACAAGGAUUGUAUAACUUAGUUUUUUAACCAAUUUACACAUUUUAAAUGUUUCAUACCAUAUUAAUUUAUAUUAAUUAUAUAGUAAUUUAUUCUGUACUGAUACAGUUUGAAAUACAGAUUUAGCAUUGAUUACUUUUAUUUAUUAAAUAUAUGUAUAUUGUGUUUAGACUUUGGACUUAACUUUUAAUCUUUGUCACAAGAACUGUACAGGUAUACUGUAAAUUUAACUUUGUGUAUGUAUAUUGAAAAGGGAAUUUUCAAAACUACUUAUUAUGCAAGAUUUAUUGUGAUACUGGUACAUAUUGUAGCAGAAUGACUGACAAAAAUUAAAAUGCUAGUUUUAA